ACCAGUCUUUCAAUUCACUGGCGUACGAUCGCAGAGGUAUCAUGCGAUUGCGGGUCAUGACACGUACAGACGUACGUACUGCAUGUACUGUGUGAAGGCGUGGACGUGUACUCUUCGUCUUCGCGAUAAAACCUCGCAGUCGCAGCACAUAUUUGGGUUAUUUUUAAUGCAAUAAAUCCCAAAUUUUCAACAUGUUUUCUUGGCUGAAUAAAGACGAGGCCCGUCGAAAGCAGCCCCACUCCUAUAACUCAGUGGUGGAGGGUUUGCAGGAACUGUACAGAACGACAAUUUUGCCGUUGGAGGAAACGUACAAAUUCCAUGACUUCCACUCGCCGGCUAUGGAUCAGGCCGAUUUUCUGGCCAAACCGUUGAUCCUCCUUGUAGGCCAGUACUCGACGGGCAAAACCACAUUCAUCAGGUAUUUACUUGAGAAAGAGUUUCCAGGGAUCCGCGUUGGGCCCGAGCCUACGACCGAUAGAUUUAUGGCCAUCGAAAAUGGCGAUGUAGACUCGGUCAUCCCGGGUAACGCCCUGGUUGUAGACCCCAAACGGCAGUACAGAGCACUCGGAAAAUUUGGCAACGCCUUCCUGAAUCGAUUCCAGUGUUCGCUCACGUCGAGUCCAGUCUUGGAUAGUAUCACUAUCAUUGAUACUCCAGGUAUUCUGUCUGGGGAGAAGCAACGAUUGGACCGUGGCUACAAUUUUGUGGGUGUUCUGGAAUGGUUUGCUGAGCGUGCUGACCGAAUCAUCCUUCUCUUUGAUGCCCACAAGUUGGACAUCUCGGAUGAGUUUCGCCGAUGUAUCGAGGCUCUGAAAGGCAACGAUGACAAAAUCCGCAUUGUUCUGAACAAGUCGGAUAUGGUCGACCAUCAGCAGUUGAUGAGGGUCUACGGUGCCCUCAUGUGGUCUCUUGGCAAGGUCAUUAACACGCCCGAGGUCUCUCGUGUGUACAUUGGGUCCUUUUGGGACAAACCACUCCACUUUGACAUGAACAGGAAACUGUUUGAAGCUGAGGAGUUGGACUUGUUUCAUGACAUCCAAAGUUUACCGAGAAAUGCUGCUCUGCGUAAGCUGAACGAUCUCAUCAAGAGGGCCAGACUGGCAAAGGUGCAUGCUUAUAUCAUCGGCACUCUCCGUCGUGACAUGCCCUCCAUGUUUGGCAAAGAAUCCAAGAAGCAGCAACUGAUCAACAACCUGGCCGAUGUCUACAAAGAGAUCGAGCGAACCCACGCCAUCUCCUCAGGCGACUUCCCGACCAUGAAGCGCAUGAAAGAAGUCCUAGCCGACAUGGACUUCACCAAGUUUCACCAACUCAAGCCCAAGAUGAUUGAGAAGGUGGACAUCAUGCUGCAGCGCGACAUGACCCGGCUCAUGCAAAUGGUUCCCCAAGAGGAAGCCCAGAAGGAUCGCGACGGUACAGGGCCGAUACGAGGCGGGGCCUUUGUCGGCAACGAGACACCCUUUGGGGCUGGGUCCGGAGAGGGGGCAGACUACGGCAAAGGGGAGCUGAAUGAGUGGGUUGUGAAUGAGAAGAAGCACAUCUACGACAAGCUCUUUGACACACUGUCCCCGAUUGAUGGCAAGAUCUCUGGCACCAGGGCCAAAGAGCAGAUGGUCAUUUCGAAGCUGCCCAACACCGUCCUGGGCCGCAUUUGGAAGCUGUCAGAUGUGGAUAGGGAUGGCAUGCUGGACUCGGAGGAGUUCGCAUUGGCUCAGCAUCUUAUUAGAAUCAAGCUGGAGGGUCAUGAUAUUCCAGAGGCUCUGCCAAGACAUCUUGUCCCUCCAUCUAAACGCCACUUUGCAUCAGAAAGCACAUUCUCUUAAACUGACAUGUACUGUACAUGAAGGACCAACAUGUACUAGCCAAAGCUUCAUGCUCAUACAUGCAGCUUAUGUUACACUCUAGCUGUGUGUCGAAAAAUGAUUGUAUAUGUAUGAAUGCAAACAGUAUUUUAAUGAAUACUGUAGAAUGCUUUCCAACAAGUCAAAGCAAAUGAUUGUGUUUCCAAAAUGUUUCCUUUAGCUAACCCUCACAAUGCCCAAUUCAGCAAGAUUGUUACCCUUACCUAGAGGGUGCAGGUCUUCAAAAAACAAAUCCACUUGCAUGUAAUUCACUUCACUGAAUAGCCCUUGAAAUUAAAAAAUCAUACCAUCGAGUCUUUCGCAUGUAUGUGUGUCCAGUAUUGUCUUACAAUGUACAUGUGACCUGUCGCCACAAAAUGAGCUUCAAGUUGGAAAUUGCCGUUUUGCAGUACAGUGGGGCCAAAAUUUCAAGGGGUGGUCCAUUUCUUUUUGUUGUCAGGUGAACCUUAAUCUGUAAGUCCUGUUUUUCCUAUCUCCAAUUGCUUUUGUUUUGUCAAACAUUUUUAAAACUUAUUUUCAUCCCGUUUUAUUAGUUGACUGUUAAUUCACUUUAAUUUUUAAAUGCCAAUUUCUCAAGAAUCGGUUUUACAACUUCAAGUACGAUGGUGUUCUGUAUUUCUGUUACUGAACUCAGUACCCCUAAAUGUUACAGACCAUUGGAAAGCUCUUGUUCUGCAGAAUCCAGAUAGUGUAUAUAUAAAUAUCUCAAUUCUUCAAAAAGUUUGACUUUAGGCCCAUUUUAUUGUGACAGGUCACAUGUGUAAAAUGUUCUGGAGAGGACCACAAACCACAGUUCUCAGCACAGGAAUCCCUCAACUUCAAGUGCAUACAUGUAUCACUCUGUGUGUUCCAUAUGUUCAUAGGAAAUUGUUUAGUCCUCACACUUAACCCUGGAAGAUUGCCCAGCUGAACUGGAUGCAAAAGUGUCAGUUUAGGACAUCAUUUAUACUCAGUCAGUGACAGAGUUAGUGAAUUGGUCAGUCUGCCUGUCAGUCAGUCAGUCUGUGACUCCGAGGACAAAAAGCAGGCCCUUUGGAACCAGCGCAAAAAGGACAAAAGUUGUUGAAUUCUGCAGUAUUUAACUUGAUUUGUUACAAACAGAAAACUGUAGAUUGACCAAAGCAACAUUUUGAAGCAGCUCUCGUACUCGUUAAUUAUGUAUACAUGUGGUAAUGCAAAUGAAUAUUUACAUGGUAUGCAUUUACAUGGAAGGCCCUAUCUUUUGGUGUGGAUGGGUAAACAUGAAGACAUAUAUUGUUAUUUUGUGUCUUGAUUGAAUUUGGGGGAAAUGUGAAAUGCGAAAACACCAAUAUUAUAUGAUUUCUUUCAUACUUGUAAAAAAAAAGUUUAAAAUUACAUUAAUGCUAUUGUGUGCAUUCUGAAAGAAUAAAAGAUAUGCACUGUGAGUAAAUGCAUGUGAAAUGUAGCGAAGCCACACAAACAAUAAAAAUGUAAAUGUCAACUAGUGUCACUACUAUGAAAACCAGGAAAAAGAUGUAGUGUAAUACAAAGAACUCGCAUUGUAAAAUAAUUUGUUGACAUAUUUUGGAAAUUUCACAACUAGAAAGAUUAUUCUUUGAAGUCUUUGACAUGAAGACAUUGCCCUGUUUGACUGUGUAAUUAAAUGUUGUAAUUGCAUUUUGAUAUGCA